AUGUUGCAGUGCACGAUAAAAGUUUAUGCGAAAUGCCUCCGACCAGAUAUAGAGUACAAAACUCUUGGAAUCACCUACCAAACAACAUCUAGAGAAGUUGUCAACUCCCUUCUCAAUAAGUAUCGCAUGAGGCAUCGGGAUCCAAAUCUGUUCUACUUGACGAUGGAGGUUACUGUCAGAAAAGCAGGGAUUCGGACAGUAAUAGUUUUGGAUGAUGAAUCUAGACCAGCGGUCCUGCAGUCAUGCCACCCUAGGGGAGAUUCCAGAUUUGCCCUUCAGAUAAGGCAUGGAGGACUGGUCAAGAUCUACGACAGUGUUUUGAUGCCAGGGUCCAAGUACAAAAGUCUGCUGAUUUCCGAGCACACGACAGUUGACGAGUUGAUUCAGAUUCUACUGAACUGUUACAGCAGUAAAGAAAGGGUUGAACAGUUUUCUUUGUAUGAGGUGUGUGAAAGCCAAGAAUAUCAAAGAAAACUGCACCCAGACGACUGUCCCCUCCAAGUUCAGAGAGCUUGGGCGCAAGGGCAGGGUUUCCAUUUCCUUUUGCGGCUGAAUUUGGACUAUCGCUUCAGGAGAAGCAAGGUUCCGUGGUCACCAGAUUCACCACCGAUACCUUGUACCUCCCGGCAGAGCAUUGCCCAAACAGAGACUGUUGCCACAUAUCCUGAUUAUCAAAACUAUUUUUAUAUUUGAACCAAGCCAACAUAAAUAAUGAGUGCAAUCUAGUUCAGCAGCUUUUAUGUAGAUUCAGCACAUCUCAAAAUGAUUUAUUGCUAAGCAUUUUAUUUUACUUUCCUGAUUUCUUGAUACAGAAAACUAUUGAUACAUACCAGAUAUCUUGAAAUCAGCUGAAAUGAAAAAAUAUAUAAUUUCAGGGACUUUGUAAUAUUUUGAUAUAUACUCAAAAACUUUUAUAUGGUUUGUAUUUGUAUUUUUUGACACUUUUUGUAAUUAUUGUAUAAAUGAUUGAUAGUUGAUGGACAUGUCCAUUCGAAGAAAUGGAAAUAAUUUAUUUAGCAUCUUCCUGAUUGCAGCCCAAGUUACCAAUACAUUUUAAUUGCUCUUUAGGUGCUAGAAUAGUCGUCAUUUUGUAUUAUAUUAGAAUUCAUAAUGAAAACUUAAAAAUGUUUCCGAAUAUUAUUUUAUUUAUGUAGAGAAAAAUGAUUUAUGUGAAAAAAAAGCUUAUUUUUCUUUUGCACUUCUUUGUUCUAUUUAUUUUUUUUUUAAACUUAGUGUUCCAAAAAUUAUGUUGUUUAAUCAUGUCCUAGUUGUGUGUUUUAAUGUGUCAUGUUAUGUGUUCUUUAAGUUAGAUGAGUCAGUUUCAUAAUCUUACACCAUUUAAAGUAUAUAUACAAAUAAAGGCGGUAUCACACAGAAUGUUGGAGAAUGUUUUAAAAUAGCAUUCAACAUUUCAAUGUUGAUAACAGGCCGGGAACAAUGUAAUACCUAUUUUCUAGAACUAUAAAAAAAAUCUUAAAAAUUUCUAAAAUAUUUUUUUUAGUGUGAUGUUUUAUAAUUAUUGUAUAACUUAAUGCAAUACCUAUAUUUUUAUGUUAGCAUCCAGUAUGACUUGUGAAAUUUGUAUGUAUUAUAUUUAGAAAGAAGUGUUGUCUGUACCAAAGAUGUUUUAUUGAUUUAUAUAUAUUUAAAAGUGUAAAUAAAUUCAUUUAUUUUAGAUUAAAAUAAAUUUUAUUGUGUAGAAUUCUGUGUGUUUUUUUAAUUUUUAUUUCUUUAUAUUCCAGAUAACAUAACAUUAAAUUAUUAUUUUUGUUGUGCUCUGUGUAAUAACUUUUUUUACUUAAAUCUCAACUCCAAUAAUUCCUUAAAGUUAGACUAUCUUGAAAAUAUCUCUGAAGUAAAAAAUGAAGUAAAGAGUUCCAAAGCCAGCGGUCUAUUUUCAUGUUUUGUUUUUUUUGUUCUUUUCGAUUUUAUUGCUCAUUGUCAAGGGAUGGAAGGAUUUAUUCCAAAAUCAGUUAUUUACCACGAGAAAAAUUCAUAACAUCAUUUUAAAAAACAUUAAUCACUGGCGUAAUCCGCCCACCAGCGGACAAAUCCCCAUUUUACAAAUUAUACAACUGUUCAUUUAACUCUACUACUGAUUGCUCAAAUUGUAUAACUGUAAUUAAUAUGUACUUUGUAGUUCAGAUUGUAUUAUGUUUUAUCAACAUAAAAUAAACAGAACAAAACCACAGUUCGGACAAAUUUUUAAGUUCUUUAAAAAUCUAUAUUAUACACUACGGUUUAUUGCCAAUUUAUAUUAUGAUAUAAUUAUAAUUAUUGUUAUUGCCAAUUUGUACCCAUAAUUGUACUUGUCCAGCUUCAUAUAAGCCCAACAUCGAUUUGGGCCUUUCAUUCCUACUAUUUUUAUUGUAUAUUAUAUCGACCUUCCUAUUUCAUAAUAAUUAUAAUUAUAUCCUAAUAUAAUAUAAAUAAGAAAGAUAAUAUAAUUAAUAUACUGUAUUCAAGAGGCAAAUUUCUAGAUUAAAAAAUAAGUGCUCUCACCCAGUUAAAAUCAAACUACCACCUCCAGAUGAAUACCAUUUUCCGUACAAAGUUUUGGUCUAAAAUCUUUAGUUUGUAUUACAAUAGUAGGAGGUUACAAGUAGCUCAAUACCAUAACGAAGACACGGGAGUGUAAAUCUCUAUUUUAUAUUAGGGUAGUAGGUGGAUACAGAAGCUCAACACAUAUGCAAUUAAAUGAACAGCUGUAUAACUUGUGCUAAUUAUAGAGCUAAUAGGAGAGCUUCUGUAACUCCUACUCUCCUAAUACUAAAAUAAAAUAAAAUAUGAGUCACUAAAAUCUUUUUUAUAUAAUUGAGAGAUGAACAAACACUUUUAGGAAAAGUUAUUACUGAAACCUUAAGAUUAAUACUUACCUUAUAGUUUUCUUAUUAUAAUUCAUUGAUGAUCUUAUAAAUAUAGAUAUUUUUUUUAACAAAUAAUUUUAGUAAAAAUGUAAUAAAAAACAGACUUUUUUUUUGUCUAUAAAAAAUGUAUUUGCAUCUGUCAAAUUAUUGACAAUCAGCAAAUGUGAUGGCGAUACAUGAAAUAAUGGUAUGACAGGCAUGAGGGACAGACUUUUAAAAUGUAAUUUUUAAUUGUUUGCAUGCCUAAAAAUAAUUCUUUUU